UUGUUGCUUUAUUCAUGACUAGCGGUCCUGCUGACGCUCGUUUUCUCACACCUGAGGAACGUAAAUUUGCUCUUGAUCGUUUAAGACCAGAAGGUGGUCCUGCCCCUGUUGAUCGUCAAACUGCCAAAACUCAGAUAAAACUAGCGUUCCAGGAUCUUAAAGUUUACGCCUUCCUAAUAUUAUUAUUCCUUGGUUCAAUCCCAUUCAAUGCUCUUAAUUUGUUCCUUCCAACUUUAAUUAAACAACUUGGUUUUAGUAGUGUAGAUGCUCAAUUAAUGAGUGUACCACCACUUCUUAUUGCAACUGUCUGGAUGACCAUUAAUUCUUGGGCAUCUGAUAGAUAUGAAACAAGGGCUUGGAGCAUAUUGGCUUCACAUUCUUUGUCUAUCAUUGGAUUGGUGGGAGUUAUGGUUACAAGCCCUGAAUUAUACACCUUCAGAUAUUUCUGCAUGGUUCUUUUGGCAUCUGGCGCGUACUCUGUAUUACCAAUACUAUUUAGUUGGUUCGCCUGUAAUAUUGCAAUAUUAUCCCUUGCCAAUGCUGGAGGUGUUAUUGCAUCUGUAAUCUACCCAGAAAUUGAUGCACCUCUAUUUGUUAAUGGAAAUAUUGUAUGUUUGGUCUCCGUACUCUUACAAUGUCUGAUAACUAUUGGAUUGAAAGUUUCUUUGGAUAUCAUAAAUAAGCAACGUGAUUUGGCUACAUUAGCUGCUAAAAAUUAUAAAAUUGAUAAUGAGUUAAUGAAAAAUAAAACGAAACUUAGUGAAGUGGCCAAGAAAUUGGUUGAAAAUGAACCAAGAUUUGAUGAGAUAUU